AUGAGACGUCCGCGUGAGCCAACCCCAGGGGAGUGCUGCGGAAGCGGCUGUACCCGCUGCGUAUGGGAUAUUUACUACGAUGAACUCGCUAGAUUUGAGGAGUUUAUAGCAGGCGGGGGAGUCGAAGAGGAGGGUACCCAAUCCUCAGAGGAGGAAGAGGUUGCUAAUUAUAUCGGUUCCGUUGUGGUGAAGUACAUUGAUCCACCGGCUUUGUCCACCACCGGCUCUCCAGGUGAAUGGGAGAGAGCCGAAAUGAAGGGGCGCGGUUUCUUUCCCAUUGACAGAAUCGAGCUAGUGAGGUGCAGCACAUCCCUGUUUUCUCCAACUGAUCCGGGAAUCAGCGUCGUCAACCUCUUCACAUCCGCAAAAGGCAGGGCAAUGCUACCAGGCGAUGUGGUAGAGGUUCUUGUGACUAACAGUCACGGUACUCAGGACGCCGAUGACGUUGAGAGGCUGUGCAAGGCGCUUCACCUGGAUCCGUGUGCGUGGUGCGAGCUGCAUCGCUCCCCGUUUGUGCCGGAAGACAACUUUCCCCCGUGGCUUCCGCUACAAAAGCCUCUGACGCUUGGGCAGCUUCUCUCUGCCUACGUCGAUAUAAGCAGUAGUAGCUACCUGUUGCAUCAGAGCUUUUUCGAAAAUCUUUUUAGAAUUUACAGCGACUCCAAACCUUCCUCGGCAUCUUCGACUUCAACCACGCCGUCACCCGAUCCAGAGAAGGUGCGGCUUCUUGAGGCCUGCGCGUCCUCUGAAACAGGUCCCCAGCUGCUGCGCUUGCUGUCCAAAAGCAGUGCGCCGCUUUGCUACCCUUCUCUUGUUGACGUACUUGAGGUCUUUUCCUUCGUCAAUAUUCCACUUGACCGUCUCCUUGAGGUCAGUGGACCGCUCCAGACGCGCAGGUAUAGUCUGGCAAACUGGCUUCCUGCAACGCUUCCGCCAAGUCCACUUCAGCUGUGCAUGAGGGAGGUGUGCGCUCGACGCUCUGCAAAUUUACCUGCAGUUACCACAGUUGGCGCGGACGCUCAGCGCGUUGCAGACAUGCUUAACAGAGUUUCUCAGGAUGCCUCCAGGGACCACGGCGGCUUUUUCUUUGGACACACGUCCCACCCGUUGUGCUCUGCAGCGCGUUCUAUGACGAGGAGUGCAGCUGGCGCAGGUCAGAGAGGCAUGUACGUCAGUUUUUCUCUUUUUGGAAACUCUUCAUUUGCCCAACAGCUUCAGGCUGGAUGCACAGCUUUGUGCAGCCCUGGUCAAGCCAAGAGCUUGUGCAGUCAGCUUUUUCUUAUCGGGUGUGGCACAGGGAUUGCUCCUUUGAUUGCGGCUGUCACGCAACUGAUGCUUCGUCGCGCCUCCACAGCCGCCGGGAGUGCCCCAUUUCCGUGCUGGGUGUUCUACGGAGCGCGCACAAAGGCGGAACUUUUGUAUGAUGAAACCCUCAAGGAAGCACUGAGGACCGGAGCAAUUGCCAAGUACGAGUACGCGCUUUCCCGAGAGGAGGACAAUGAGAAGCAAGGCAAGUAUGUAACCGACCUUGUGAAGGGGAACCGGCUAAUGGUCACGGAUUCCCUGCAAAGCGAGGGUCAGCUAUUUGUGUGUGGUCCGGCAAAGGCUCUUCUAUCUGUUCGGGAGCUGGUCAAGUGCGACCUGCUUGCCGAGUCAGACGAUGAUGACAGUGUGCAGGAGCAACGACUGUUGGUGCUAGAGAAUCGAGGACGACUGAACUUCGAUAUAUGGAGCACGGGAAACAUAUUUGAGUGA